AAAAUCGAUUUUUUUUUUUUUGUCUAAUUAAAUUCUAUAACAUCUCUAGAAUAUUGUCCUAAAUUUUCAAAUUGAUCCGAGUAAUAGUUUCGGAGAUACAGCCCUGAAAAGACGGACGCUCCAGGUCAGGUAAUUCAAAGUGUCUAGAGCCGUUUAAAGUGUCUAGAGCCGUUUAAAGUGUCUAGAGCCCAGAUAAGCCAGAGUUCGUCAUCGACAGGAGCAAAAGGAUGCCCUGGACAUUGCAGCUGCAGCAGGUUCUCUACUUUAUGGCCCAGGAAUCGACGAUUCAAUAUAAUCCUGAAAGAAGUUCUGCUGACAACGCGGAGGCACCUUUUUUCCGAGGGACUGCCGGAAAUGGCGUCGUAAUGGCCGCCAUCUUGAUAUUUUUUUUUGAAAAUUUCACAAAAUGUUUAUUAAAUAUGUAUCUUUUAAAUCAUAAAAAGUUUCAUCUAAAUAUUUCAUUUUUUACAUGCAAAAAAAAUUAUUGAAAAAAGGCCGUUUUUUGCCCGACGAAACCCAUGUAACCCCUUAAAUCACCAGCAGAUGUACCUCUGCACUUCACCCGAACUUUCGCUUCCAUUCUCUCCGACGUGUUGUAUGUUUAUCAAUGAACAUACAUUCACACAAUUCGCGAUAAUAUUCCCCAAGACCGAUCGGUUCAUUCUGUCAUUACAGUAGCUGUGAAAUUAUUGCAUUUGGCAAUAAAAAAAUCGGGGGAUUAAUUAGCUGAUCGAGAUCUGUUGGAAAGCACAAAGGGAGUGAAUUUUUAUUUUUCUAUUGUUGUUUGGAUGAGGAGAAAAUAAUCUAAUCGUUAUGAUGAACGAGCACGAGGCUUUGGAGAUUAAGGUCGAGCCGAGUUCGGAUGAGGAACUGAAGAUACAGAAGCGUCGGGGCCUUAUCCAUCAAAUGACAAUGAGUAUUUUUGCCAAUAUAUCGAUACUCGGACCAGCGAUGGGGUUUGGCUACAGCGCUGUCAUACUGCCGGUCUUGAAGAGUGGCAGGAGUGAUGUGACGAUCGAUGAGGAUCAGGGAUCUUGGAUCGCUAGUGCUGCAGCCUUCGGGACCCCGAUCGGUUGCAUCCUAUCGAGCUUUGUAAUGCGAAGAGGUCGAAGACUGAGUCUCCUGGUGACAUCGACAUUCUCAUUGAUCGGAUGGCUAUUGAUCUACAUGUCCACGAACUACGAAAAACUCAUUGUCGGGAGAAUCGUGGGAGGAAUCGCUACCGGUCUUGCCUCGGUACCGGCGACUGUUUACACAGCGGAGAUCGCCGAUUCCGAGUGGAGGAGCACCCUGGUCACGUGGAGCAGUAUGGCGAUAGCCCUAGGAAUUCUCCUCGUCUAUAUAUUCGGGUAUUUCAUCCAGGAAAACUGGCGACUGAUAGCUCUCCUCUGCGGUCUCUUCCCAGCUGCGGCGAUAAUCAUAACGAUCCUCGCGAUUCCCGAGUCGCCAAUUUGGCUGAGGGACCGAGGUCGCAUGGACGAGGCCCGAGUCGUGAUGAAGAAAUUUCGUGGCGUUCCAAAGGACCACCCGAUCACUGCCGAAGUCGAAGCCGAGCUUCGUCACGCCCGCCAUCACCAGAGGAACCAGAAGCAAUCGUUGCUGAAGAACAUCGCGAAACGAAGUUCUCUCUACCCAUUCGUGAUAAUGCUGGCUUACUUCUUCUUCCAGCAAUUCUCCGGUAUUUUUGUGAUCGUUUACUACGCCGUCGACAUCACCGCCGAGGCGGGAAUGAAGAUGGACAAGUUCAUAGGCGCCAUUUUGAUAGGAAUGACACGACUGAUUGGUACCCUAUUGGUGGGGUAUGUGUCCAAGAUAUGGGGGAAGAGGAAGCCCUCGAUUGCUUCUGGAGCUGGAAUAACGAUUUUCAUGGGGAUCUUGUCGAUUUACUUGUACCUCCAGGGCAAGGGCCAACAAAUCAACGAUCACGGUUUUAUUCCCGCCAUUUGUAUUCUCAUGUACAUCUUCAUGAGCACCAUUGGAUUUCUCAGUUUACCCUUCGCCAUGAUCGGCGAAAUAUUUCCAACCAAGGUCAAGGACGUUCUCUCUGGCUUAACAACCUGCGCCGCGUAUAUAUUUAGUUUCAUAACGGUUAAAACUUAUCCCAGUAUGUUAAAUUCAAUGGGUAAACACGGGGUUUUCUUCUUCUACACGAUUAUCUCGCUCCUGGGAACGGUUUUUGUCGCCAUGUUCCUGCCCGAGACCAGGGGAAAGACACUCCAUGACAUUGAUGUGCUCUUCUCGAAGAAAAAUAGGCAAACGGUGGUGCAGGUGCAGGUUAUGGAGAACCAGAAGAUGGUGCCCAUGAAAGACGUCACUGCCGCAUAAAGUGAUUUUUUAAAAAUUAAUUAAGUUCAUGCACUUCUCGGAAACAUUGUCCAGCACAAGGGAGUGCGUAUGAAUUUUAAGGGAGAAGGGAAAUUAGUAGAGAGAGGUUGUGUUCAGAUACUGUACUUCAUUCCAAUACUGAGAGAUUUUUAAGUGUUAGAAAUUAAGGCCCAGGCUGAGGCACCAGUCGAGAGUUAGUCCCGGAGAUUUUCGGAUUCUCAAACCCGAAGAUUGUUAUUUCUUAAAAAAAUUGAGGACUGAAUUAUGAUCUCGUGAAUAAGUGCACAUUGACGUUGAUCUUUGUAUAUUUUUUAUUACGAAAAACUUGAGUCUUAAAUAAUAAAUAUUACCACAAAAUGACAA